AUGUACGCACAAGUUGUAUCUGUCUUUACAGCAGUAUCUCUCCUCACGUAUUUCGCCCUCUACCCCAUCUACACAUAUCUUCGCGAUGCCAAAGGUCUCCGGCGGUACCCCAACUUCCACCCCCUGGCGGGAAUAACCAAUAUCCCUUUUGUCCGCGAAGCAGCCAAGGGUUUCCGCUCCCGUACUUUGUAUGAGAUGCACAAGACCCAUCCCGUGAUCCGCACUGGCCCAAAUUCUCUAUCCUAUGGCUCCAUCCAAGCCAUCAAGGAUAUCUAUGGCCAUGGCACAAAAUGCACCAAGGGAGAGUUCUACGAGACUCUUGCUGGCAGCCACUAUCACUUAGCCGAUGUCAUCGACAAGGCCGAUCAUGCUAGAAAGCGCCGUGCCCUUUCUGCUGCAUAUGCCUUGAAGAAUCUUGAAAACUGGGAGUUUAAAGUGGCCGAUAAGGCAGAGCGUUUCAUCCGCGCUGCCGAUGCUGCUUGUACUCUGCCACUCAAAGAAGGCUUCACACGGCCCGACCCUAGAGAUCUCAACUUCGAUUACCGCGCAUUUACCAACUUCUUCACCCUCGACGCCAUAGCAGAUAUUGGCCUUAGCGAGCGUCUCGGUUUUCUUGACCAAGGCCAUGAUCGCGUGAAAGCCGAGCGUAUGGAUGGAACUAUCCACGAAGUCAACUUCCGAGAGUGUCUUCACUCAACAGCCCGUGCUCAGUCUAUUCUCGCCUGGACUGAGAAGUGGUACAACUUCAAUGUUGAAGUGUCCAAGUGGUUCUCAAAAGAUUUCCGCCAGUGGUGGCACCUCAACGAAGGCUGGAACGAUAUUGUGUAUCAUCGCGCAACACAGCGUCUUGAGCGAUAUAAGAAUGGCGAGAGACUGCCUGAUUUCUUCCAAGCUCUCAUGGACCACAGCGAGGCCAAUCCUCCUGGUCUUGAGUGGGGAGAGAUUGUCGCUGAAGUUUCCAUCAUGAUGAAUGCUGGCUCUGAUACCACUGCUAUUGCGAUGAACAACGUCAUGUAUUGGCUUCUGAAGAACCCGUCUUGCAUGGCGAAGCUUCGAGAAGAAGUUGACUCUGUUCUUGAUCCUGAAGAGAUCGUUGCUCCCUACGAUAAAGUCAAGCAUCUUCCCUACCUUCGAGCCUGCUUAGACGAAUCUCUUCGCAUCACACCGCCAACGACUUUUGGUCUUCCUCGCCGUACACCCCCUGAAGGCUGGAAUAUUCUCGGUGAUUAUAUCCCUGGAGAUACUACGGUGUCUAUCUCGGCGUAUGUCACACACAGAGACCCUCAAGUCUUUCCCGAUCCUGAGUCAUACGCUCCAGAGAGAUGGCUCGGAGAGAAGGGCAAGGACUUGCAGCCAUAUUUUAUCGCCUUCAGUGCCGGAGCCCGCGGCUGCAUCGGCCGAAAUAUCAGUUAUCUUGAGCAAACUGUACUAUUGGCUAGUGUUGUGCAUAGGUAUGAGUGGGCAUUGCCUUAUCCAGAGUGGGAACCAGAACGCAGAGAGGCGAUGAAUCUUGCUCCUGGCCCUAUGCCCCUCAAGGUUUGGCGUCGAGACUUGGGUGUGGAAGAAGUUGACGAAAAGGGCAAUUAGAAUAAACGUAAUAAUGACUUUGGAC